AUGGCCUACCAGCAGCAGCAACAGCAGGGCCAGCAGCAGUCCUCCGAUGGCCGCAACCCGAACCGUCUGCACCUCAACUUCGGCUUCACCAACCCGCCAAACUUCCCCGCCGAGCAGGGUCGUGCCUUCCCAACGACGCCCUCCACUUUUCCGCAGCCGUUCCCAAACUCAGCGGGGCAGCAAGAGGUCUGGGGAGCCCACCAGCCCACCAGCGGCAUCAGCCAGCAAGGCUACUUCUACAACAACAACAAUCCCAAUGCAUACCCACCGCAGUUCAGCAACGGCGUGUCGCUAGGCGCAGGAUACCGCUCGCCCAAUGGCGGGUUCAACGACGUGACCAACGGCCUCGCCCAUCAGUUCCAGCACCAGAACCUGGGAGGCAACUCUCCACGCUCUGCGAGCCCGUACAACAACCGUCAGCCAUCGCCCGCAAACCAGCGUCCCCGCACUGCAGGUGCGACUGGCUAUAGUCACCACAACAACUUCCUCAGCGCACCGAUGCCCCCGGUCCCGCAGGCUGCCAGCAUCUGCGACGAUGAGCCACCAGCGAAGAACUCCGAGAAAUACUCCACCGCCAUCACUGAGCGUGUGAAAGUGCAGAAGAUGCUGACGCAGGAGUUUUUCAAGGAGAACGUCGAGCGUGCUCGUGCCCGCAAUGAGCGAGCCAAGGAGCUGGACGUCAUCAUCGCUGCGACCGACAUCUCUGACAACCGCAAGGAGCAGAAGAAGAAUAGUAUGCGCAAGUCCGAAGCCAACUUCUUGCGAUUUUUACGCACACACGAGAAGCCACAGAACUACCAGACUCUCAAGAUCAUUGGCAAGGGCGCCUUCGGAGAGGUGCGGCUGGUGCAGAGGAAGCAUGAUGGAAAGAUCUAUGCUCUAAAGUCCCUGAUCAAACAGGAGAUGCACAAGAAAGACCAACUCGCUCACGUCCGCGCUGAGCGUGAUAUCCUGGCCAACGCAGACAGCCCGUGGCUCGUGAAGCUGCACACAUCCUUCCAAGACUCGACCUUCUUGUACAUGCUUAUGGAGUUCUUGCCAGGUGGUGACCUCAUGACCAUGCUCAUCAAGUACGAGAUCUUCUCGGAGGACAUCACGAGGUUCUACAUGGCAGAGAUUACACUAGCCAUUGAAGCCGUCCACAAGCUUGGGUUCAUUCAUCGUGACAUCAAGCCUGACAACAUCCUUCUCGACCGUGGAGGUCACAUCAAGCUGACUGACUUCGGUCUCUCCACUGGUUUCUCUAAAGAGCAUUCCGCAUCCUAUUACCAACAGCUCAUGUCGUCGAGCAAGCAGAAGUCCGUGGCUCAGAACCGCAACAGUGUCUCCAUCGACCAGAUCCAGCUCACUGUCUCCAACCGCAACCAGAUCAACACUUGGCGCAAGUCGAGACGUCAACUGGCGUACUCGACAGUUGGUACCCCAGACUACAUCGCCCCGGAGAUCUUCAGUGGCAAGGGAUACGAUUUCGGGUGUGACUGGUGGAGCGUCGGUACUAUCAUGUUUGAGUGUCUGGUUGGCUGGCCACCGUUCUGUGCUGAGGAGCCACACGAUACCUACCGCAAAAUCGUUGACUGGCCACGCCAUCUCAACUUCCCACCAGACCAGCAACUGGGUCCAGAGGCUGAGCAUUUCAUUAGAAGUCUCAUCUGCGACUCCCAAAACCGUCUGGGUCGUGUGCAUGGCGCAGCUGAGUUGAAAGCCCACCCAUUCUUCCAUGGCGUCAACUGGGACGGCCUUCGCAAGAUCCGUGCACCAUUCGAGCCGAAGCUGCAGAGCAACAUCGAUACUCAGUACUUCCCGAUCGACGAGAUUCCGCAGGUCGACAACUCGGCCCAGCUCCGCGCUCAGACGGAAGCCGCCGUUGGACAGGACGACUCGACGCUGAGCCUGCCGUUCAUCGGUUACACGUACAAGCGGUUCGACGCGUUCCGUGGCAGCUAA